AUGCCUGGAUGCAUCGGAUCCGGCCUAUCUAUUGUCCACACCGCGCUCAAAACCUUUGUUGAAAAUCCCACGCGACUCGAUAUUGACCGGUCGCGUUUCGACAGACGCGCACCGUCGCACACGUCUUGUCAGUCGCACAAUUCAACACGAUCUCAAAGCCCUUGCGGUACUUCCGAGAUGGAGCAACGCCGUGAUCGUCGGCAAUGGCAACUGGAGAAGGAUCAUGAAGCUUCACGACCCGAUCGGCAAUUUGACGUCCAGGUCGACGAACUAGAAGCGUGCAUAAUUGAAGGAAUCGAAAAUCGAAAGUUUGCCGUUCCCGACGGCACAAAUAUGCACAAUCUCGCCCGAGACACAGUGAAGAAGAACUGGAUAAAGCAAGGAAUAUGGAAUGAACCAUGGAAGAACAUGCCUGAAACGCGGUGGAUGCACGAAGAGUCACGUGACAUGUCAUCCGCGUCCGAGACAGACAGUAGCACAGCACUCAAGCUCAACUUGUUUUCUCCCCUGGAAAAAGCAGAGUCUUGGUCCAAUCAACCAUAUAACGGCAGCAUAAUACAACAGCGCGUUGAGCGACGAGCAAGACAGAAGCACAAAAACGAGGCAUCACGCCCAUUCCAUCAGUUCAUCUACCAAAUAUCAAAGGAGCGGGAACAACUUCAAAAUGGCUCUCCAGAUGAUACUGUUCUUGUUUCUUCCCCUCUGGACAUCAACACCAACGCUUAUAAUAACGUGAAACGUACCUGGGUCAAAAGAGGCAUAUGGAACGAAAAAUGGGGCAUAUUGCCAGGAAUGUUAUGGAAGCACGAAGGACGUUUACAGAUGCCUGACACGGAAUUAGGUUUGAGCCAAACAGAGAUCACGGAGAAUGGUACCAGUAAUUUGAUUACUGUGCCUUCGGUUUUUGACGGUUCUGUUCCUCUUGAAACAUAUGGUCAUUUUCCGGAAGGCGGUCGGAGAGCUCGUAAGAGGAACAGGGCUGGCGCAAACUCCGACGACAGAAAGAGCUCAAGGAUCGAAAAGCAUAAUUCUAGCAACCGAUUAGAUACGAAUGAUCAAGGAACUCGAGGUACUGGGACACGUAGAAGCAGACGUUUACAAAACCAGCCUGCAAGCUUCAAUGGACCAGAACUUAUGUGA